AUGCUCGACUUCAUCUUUGCCGUCUCACACCCAGAGCACUGGCACUCGAUCAAUCUCGCGCAGAAUCCAUCUCACUACGCCCUCCAUGCACGUCUAUUGGGUAGCGACUUUGUGGGACGCGUGCAGAACUGGGGGCCAGCCGCCGUUUGGUUCAACCCCUUCGUGCCCGUAUGCGGCGUGAACAUUAAAUACGGCGUAAUAUCAGUAGACAAUCUAUGCACAGACUUGCUGACCUGGAACUCGCUCUACGUCGCAGGCAGGAUGCAUAAGCCGCUCCGCAUCAUUAAGGACGAUGCCCGAGUGCGACUGACGCAACAAGUCAACCUAACCUCGGCAAUACGCACCGCGCUUCUGACGCUUCCGGAAACCUUUGAAGAGCGUCAGCUUUACGAACGCAUUGCGGCCCUUUCGUAUAAUGGCGACCUACGAAUGGCGCUCCCCUUUGAGAACCGAUCCAAGAUUUCAAAUAUUGUCAACGCGCAGACGCCCCAGUUUAGAGAUCUCUACCACCGGUUGGUUGUCGGACUGCCGGGCGUCGAAUGGCAAGAAGGCUCCACUACGAUUAAACAAGACGGUUCUCCGCUCACGCGCGCGGCUCAUGUGCGCAAGCUUCCUUCCGAGUUGAGGAAUCGAAUCGAUAUCCGGUUCGCUAAUCGACCUGGAAUUCCGUCGAAAGAUUCGGACGAGUCGGGCUACUGGGCUCACGUUGCUGCCGAUGCAUCGUUGCCAGAAAUAAUCGAGGCUGAGGUCAACCAAACCGUGCGCUAUUCCUCUACUAUUCAGUCCUUAAAGGGGUUGGUCACCGCAGGAGUCGGAACAAGCAUAAGAUAUACUGGUCGUAAGAUUGCGAAAUACUGGCAGGGCAACAAGCCACAAUAA